AUGACACCACUAGGAACUACCCAGAGGGAGCAAAGCCCAGGUGCUGGCUUGGGAUUCAGCCGAUUGAAAAAGAAGAUCAAAAAACAGUUCAAACGAACACUGCCCAAGCCUGUCUCUAGUCCAGGCAAUAGAACCGCUCGCGCUCGAACCUUGUCUAACCUUGCUACUUACGAUACACUACCACGCCGCCCAAAGAUUGACGAGAACGCAAGACAGGAUCCGCGCCCAAUCUCUCCCGCUGAUCCACCUCUAUCUAAACGCAACGAUGUUACGAGCCGUCCUGUCAACAAGUCUCUCUGGACUCAGGCCUACAUUGAGGCUAAGGAAGACCCAGAGUUUUUGAAACUACUCGCGUCUUAUAGGAGUUAUUUAGCUGAGCGUUAUGGUUUAUUGAGAAAUGGCACCCUUCUGGACUCUCUUGUGAAUCCUCCGAGCCAGCAAGAAGACUCCCCGAUCCAGAAGAUUGCGCGAACAGCCUUGGAUGAUCUAGAAUCAGCUCGUCUUGCCUUUCGCAUCGGAGAUCGAGAUAUUGUUGUCCGAGAACAAGUCAAAAAGACCUUGGACUUCUUGACAAGCUUCAAGAGCGUCAUCGGGGCCGCAGCCGCAGCCGAGCCAGCGGCGUCACUUGCAUGGACUGGAGUGAUGGCCGUGCUCCCAUUUUUGGACAAUAUUGUCAAACAGGAUGAAAGCGCUGCUGAUGGCUUUGAACGAAUCUCAUUCAUUAUGGUUCGAUACGCACUCCUGGAGAAGGAUCUCUUGAGCGAGAAGUUUAAAACAUCCGUGCCAGUGUCUGUCGAGUAUUCCCGGGUCCUCGAAAUCAUCAAAGAAAGGGUUGUCGAGGUCUAUGUUAUUGCCUACGAAUAUCAUAUCCGCAUCGUUCUUCAAUAUGCGCACAGAAAGCCUCGCAGGAUGCUAGGAGACAUGUUUACCCUUAACAACUGGAAAAAGAUGAUCAAUGACAUUAAAGAAAAGAAUCUUGAAAUCGAUCAAGCAGUCAGUAAUGCUUCAAGCAGUUCACUGAGGAAUGAGUUCAAACUUGUUGACCGCUCUAUCAACGACGCGAUGUCCAAAGUAGUAGAUCUACAAAACAGAAUGUCAGCCCAGAUGAAUAAGAUCAGAAUUCUGGACCAAAUUCCAUACGUCGAGAACGCGGUUUUCAACUCUAGUGUUAUAGACAAGCAAGGACAGUGUCUCCCCGGGACGCAACGCAACGCUCUCAACACUAUUCAGGCAUGGGCAGAGAACCAUGCUGGAGAACCCAUAUUCUGGCUUGCUGGUAUGGCCGGAACUGGGAAAUCGACCAUUGCGGCUACAGUUGCCAACUGCCUACAUGAUAGGAUAAGAUUCUUCGACCGUAAGCCGGGACUUGACGACCGCACGUUUCUUGGAGCUACCUUCUUCCUCAGUCAUGAAGAUCCUGAGCGUAAUACUGUUAAGCAUGUGUUUCCCACCAUUGCAAAGACGUUGGCGGUGUCAUUCCCAGAUAUUGGAGAGCAUAUCAGCCAGAGUAUCUUUCGUGAUUCAAUGGUCGGUCAUAAGAAGCUUCUUGAGCAGAUGCGAUGCCUUAUUUCUGAACCAUUCGACCAAGUCAGCAAGACUCUUGCGGUAGCGGUGCGCCUAAUCAUCAUCAUCGACUCACUAGAUGAGCGCGAAGACAGCUCAGAAGCUGAGGAGCUGCUCGGACUUCUAACGAGCCUUGGAAGGUUUCAUCCAAUGGAUGUGAGGGUUUUGGUUGUCAGUCGACCCGAGAAGCACAUCUCGCAGAUCUUAGAUGAUCCACGCUUAAGAGUAAAGAAACUUACGUUGGAGAAGAUUCCGCUUCUGAUGAACGAUGAAGAUCCUGAUGACAUCACCUUGUUCAUGGGAUCCAAACUCAAAGAUAUCACGAGACGGCGUAAGCUCUCACAGGGUUGGUGUACGGAUGAUCAUCUCACUCAACUUCUCGAGAAGGCCGACGGUCUUUUCAUCUACGCCGCUACAACAUGCAGAUUUCUCGAUAUGACGGAUAAUGACAGCAUACAAGGUCAGCGACUGCUGAAACUGAUUGAGGGCAAAACUGAUCGUGGCACACCGGAAGCACGCCUUGACGAGAUAUACCGCAAAGUGCUCACCUUUCCCACAAGAAACCUUCUCCAGGACGAGAAGGACACUAUUUUCACAAGCUAUCGACGCAUCCUUGGAAUCAUCGCGCUCGCUUUUGAACCACCGUCGGUAGCCACCAUCGGAAGGUUGAUGAAGAAAGCGGCAGGUGAUCGCAAAACAUUGCUGGACUUUGGCUCAAUACUUGAGGUUCCUCCAGAUGAUACAUCACCCAGAUCUGGAAGCGAGUUCUCCAUCGAUGUCGCGGAAAUUCAUGAGUAUCUCAUGCAAAACUGCAUGUCUAUUCUUGACGACGGUCUUCACCAAGACAUGUGCAACCUGCGCCAUCCAGGUGUCUUUGCCUCGGAUAUCCCAAAAGCUCGAGUUGGUGAGUACAUACCGCAGCACAUCAAAUAUGCAUGUCUCUUUUGGUCAGGACAUCUGUCAAAGCUUUGUACUUUGAAGAACGUUUUGACCUAUCUAGAUGAUAGUGGUGAAGUUUACAAAUUCCUUUCUACGAAGCUCCUAUUCUGGCUCGAAGUCUUGAGCCUACUGGAAGACUACCAUCGAUCAGUCACAAUCAUAAAACAACUUCAGUCAUUGGUUACUCCUGAAGGGUCACCCAAACUAUCUAUGUUUCUUCAGGACGCCUAUCGUUUCAUUCUCGCCAACAAUGAAACUAUCAGCAAAACCCCUCUUCAGAUAUGCUCCUUAGCACUUAUUUUCAGCCCUAACUUUGAAGGAGCAAUAAGAGCUUUCGAUACGACUACUGGAUUCGAGAUGGCAGCGUUUCAGCAUUCGUCCGACGCUGAAAUGGUCGCCAUAUGCCGAGAUAAUAUAACCAUCGUAUCUCUUCUUGAAGAUAAGACAAUUUUAAUUUGGUCUCUCGCGAACGAAGGUGAAGUAAUAUCAACUGACAAUGGCAAGCGGAUUGUAUCCAUCGUUGCCUCACCUUGUGAUGAUAUUUUGGCAACCAGAACGAAAGACUUUGGUAUACAGUUGUGGGAUUUAAAGACCUACUAUCUCCUCGAAGAUAUAGUUUUCGAUUAUGGAGACGACCUCUAUGAUCAAACGCUUGCCUUCUCACCUUGUGGGCAACUGAUACUCGCAACUUGUGGAGACGCAACUGUUAGAGCAAUCUUCUUGUGGAAUCUGAAAGCUCAGAUACGAAGAAAGGUUAAAAAAUAUGAACGGAGGGUACAAGCGAUUGCGAUAUCACCUGAUGGUGAAAAGAUUGCUACGGCUGAGAGUGGUGGAAGUCUCAAAGUGUGGAACAAAGCUACUGAAGUCACGCUAAGCCAAGCUGAGUACGAAGAAGGCGUGUGUUCGAUUGACUGGGAUCCAAAGAAGCCCUGGAUACUCGCUGUUGGAGUCUGGGGGACUUGCAUCUACCUGUGCAACAUAGCCAGUUCUUCGGCUCAGACAAUCCAGAGAAUUGAUAAGGGUAGUAUAAGAGCAGAACGAACGACUGGCCUAGCUUUCGUCGGAGGUUCCUCAACAUUUGCAUCACUAGAGGACUAUUAUGACGCACACAAAGUUGACCAAAUCUUUUCCAAACGACUAUCAGGAAGAUUCCCCUGUGCAAUUCACGGACAUAUUCUUUCCCCAGGGUCACAGAUAUUCUUUCCCCAGGGUCACACCGUCGUAGUACUCAUGUCUCAGCAAAGUCUCGCCAUUCUAGAAUAUCAUACGCUUGAAACUCGCAUUCACAUUGAUCUGGACCGGGACUGGGAAGCAUGGUAUGGGCUGAUUUCCGCGAGUCAAUCAAUCGGCGUUGUUACGGAAGCUGAUGGCGAAUGGUCUUCACAAAUUUGGCUCUUUCGACUAGACACGGGCGAAGUGGUGCCUGGUUUCCCACAUUCGAUGAUCGUUGAUCAUACAAAACGCCAUUCGAUCGAGAAUGCUGUUACCACAUCUCCAGACGGACAGCUCAUGAUAUACGAAAACACAGAUAAGAAUGGUAUUUCUCAUUUCGUGGCUGUUUGGGUAGAGGCAGGCCACAAAACAUCAAUCUUGUCAGUCGGCGAGGAAAAGCCAUUUAUAUCGCCUGUAUUUUCACCAGCCACCGAAUACGUGAGUGUCGCCACCAUGUCGGGGACCAUCUUCAUAUGGGAGACAAAGACUAUGACUAUGGUGAAGCGACUACUCACGGGGCCAUUUCCAAUAAUGGGAUUUCAUUAUUGUACCAGGAAUAGGGUAACAGUUCAAAGUCGGGAUAUUAACGUGCUCGAGACUCAGUUAUGGGACGUUGAAAGCGGAGAAAUGUUGGAAAGGUUCAUAGUCGACUGGGAUGCUUUCGGGAUUUAUUGGAAGGCCAAAGAGGACCGACAUCACCUGAGUGUAAAACGCGGCUGGCAUCCCUUGCCGUCAUACGAUAAAUCCGCCGUGUGCAGCACCCUGGCUAAGAGACAACCUUGUGAUCUUGAUGCUGAAGCUGGUUGGAUAUGGCAAGGCAAUAACAAGAUUCUCCGGUUACCCCAAGAGUUUUCUUCAGUCGACCGGAAAGCAUGGGGCCAAUCUUUCACUUCUUCUACAGAUGUCACCUUUCCAGUGAAAGCGGUCCGUGAAGACGCUAUCGUCCUUGGACUACAGUCUGGCCAGGUGGCAAGCUUCGGAUUUGAUAGUUCUAAGAUGCACUUCGACAAAGAACAGAAUAUAUGA